AUGGCCGCCAGACUUACCUCCCGACUCGCCUCUCAUCUCCUCCGCGCCACCUCCCUCCUGAACCACCCCCAUCCCCCUCUCUUCACCAUGUCCAAAUCUCAACCCUCGAUCUUUUACCUCAAACCGCUGCCAUGGAUCGCUUCCAACCUUCAUCGAUUCUUCUCGACCAGCCGUCGCCAACCAGUCCGGUCGAACCGUGUAGACAUCGGAUCCCGAGCCAGGCAACUCCAGAACCGCCGGCUCUGGACCUACGCCGUAACCUUCAGCAGCAUCGCAGGCUUCAUCAUCAUCGUCCUCAAUCAAUUCGAAGAUUCCUUGGUGUUCUACGUAACCCCAACCGACGCUCUCACCAAAUACACUGAAAACCCUACGAAGAACAAGUUCCGACUCGGCGGGUUAGUCCUCGAGGGAAGCGUGAGCCAACCUGGUUCAGAAAUGGAGUUCGUAAUUACGGACUUGAUCACGGACAUUUUGGUAAAAUACCAAGGGUCCUUGCCGGAUCUGUUCAGAGAAGGCCAUUCGGUGGUGGUGGAGGGGUUCGUGAAGCCUAUCACGGGGGAGAUUAAGAGGGAGAAUUUGAUCGGAAGGAAGAGUGUCUCGGAGAAGGCGAGGAGUGUGGAAUGUUAUUUUGCGGCCACCGAGGUUUUGGCGAAGCAUGAUGAGAAGUAUAUGCCCCAAGAAGUAGCGGCGGUGAUUGAGAAGAAUAAGAAGAAGAUUGAGGCUGCAAGCGAAGAGGGAAGGAAAGAGAGACCUGCCACUGAGGCGUAGAUUUCUGAAAAUAUGUUAACUGAAGGGAAACCAUGAUUUUAGCUGGCAUUUGUCACAAGGGCUUUUUCUUUAUAUGUAGCUUUAAAUCUUUGUCGUGGAAUAUCUGUAGAUUGCAUUCUUAUUGUUUGGUAGAAGCCUUGUGAUUAUAUUUGUGUGUUUUUUUCCCUUUUCUUUUGUUUAUAGUGAUUCAUGAGUGAUAUUAUGACAUGGUAAUACU